CAAUCCAUUAGAUGACGAUCGCACAAGUUUAAUCCAUCAGCUUUCAUUAUAGUCGCUACCUAGAAACAUGAUCGGACGUUUGAAUUUGAAUAGGCCUACAAUCUACAAAUUUUCAUAUAACUAAACUCACAAUUGUGUCUGCGAUUCGAAUUAUUAUAUCAUUAUUAUGAUAUAAGCUACAAAUAGAGAGAGCGACCAGUAGCCGGUAUUUGAUUAAGCAUACUCGCUCCAAAGAUAUUGGAUAAACUCCGUAGGUUGCUGAUGAUAUGGAUGUUAUGUUUGAUACUGAAACCUAUAUAGCGAAUUGUCCUAUUCUUUAUUUUGAAAUUCAAGUAGUUUGCAGACAAGUUUAGAGCUAGAGAGAAUAUAGGCCAUUUCACCUUUGUGAUUCCUGUGGAAAGAAAUGGUAAACAAACUCGUAAGCCGUUGGCUGAAGUGUAUUAUCUUGCUGAAUGCCGUUAUAGUAUUGAUACUUUAUUCAGUGAUUCCAAAAUGGAACGAUGAAUACAGUGUGCUUCCAGCACGGGCUGUGCCUGGUCAAAAUUUCCAACAUCCACAAACGUAUGGAAUAAAUAGUAGUUCCAUCGGCGUUACUGACAUUUCUAUACCUAAUGUAAAUGCAACCAAUAUGUACGUAGUUGACUUUGGCAACGAAACGCGAUUUAAUGUUGGAGAAUUAUUGAAUUUGAUAAAGACACCUUGGAAGAAUAAUAUAUCAUAUAUAUUACAAUUUAGACAUGAUUUAUCGUCAUUUAUGGAAUCGUUACGGAUGUUAUUCGUGACGAAAGAAAAUACAAAGCUUGGUAGUAAAUUGCAAUAUGUCUGGACAAAGUACGGUGAAGUCACCAUCAACGAUGUGAUCUUCAAAUAUCUUCCAAAGAAUUCACCGUUUACUGGAAACUACACGAGAUGCAGCCUGGUUGGUAAUAGUGGCAUUCUCACAAAUAGUAGAUGUGGGUCGGAUAUAGACAAAUCAGAUUUCAUUAUACGGUGUAAUGCUCCUCCGAUAAAAGCAUUCGCAGAAGACGCUGGAAAAAAAUCAAAUCUGACGACUGUCAACCCAUCUAUCUUAAGGAGAACUUACAAUAAACUACAAACAAGAAAAGAUCAUGGAAAAUAUUUGAAUGACAUGCUUCAAUACAAUAUGCAUCUCUGGUUACCUACAUUUGCUGCAAAUUAUAACGUCAAUUUGUGCCUACGGGCUGAUAAAUUGAUGAAAACGUCAAAAAAGUAUCCAGUGCACAUUUUGCAUGGACAUCCCCAUCAUUUUACUGAAGUUAUGAAUUUUUGGAAGCAAAGAGGCAUAAACAAGUUCAUUACAACAGGUUUCUAUAUGACGAAUGUAGCCCUGCAAUUGUGUAACGAAGUACAUUUGUACGGUUUCUGGCCGUUCAACGUGGAUCUGUACAACAAGGAAGUUGCGUAUCACUAUUUUGACGACACUCAACUUGGUAUUGGAAAAACUUUCCACAACAUUAGCACUGAAUUUAAGGUUCUAUUAGAGUUACAUAAAGCUGGGGCUUUAAGAUUGCAUUUGCGUUGCUAAACAUAACGUUACGUUCGUUUGGUUUUGUAAAACAUUUUCAUUCAAACCGACAAUAAUAGAAAUAAAGUUUAAUGACGAUUUAAAGAAAAUUUCACAAUGGGCAUCCAUAUGGACAGUUACAUUUAAUGAGACAAAAACCAAAGCAAUUCAUUUUAAGAAAAAUAAUGUUCAUAGAAUAAAUUUAAUGUCCAAUUGCAAGCCUAUUGACUUCGUUACAACGUUUAAACAUUUAGGUAUACAUUUUAGUAAUGACCUAACAUGGACAUACCAUGUAAGGCAUUUAAUUAAUGAAUCUAAGCAAAAAUUAAAUUUAUUGGACCGGGUAAAAAAAUUAUCUAGAACUACAAAAGAGAAAAUUGAUUUAACUUGUAUUCGACCUACUCUUGAAUAAUUAUGCUUCCAUUGUACGGGAUGGAAUUUAUGGCUGCUUAUCUGACGACUUAAAACUUUUACAAAUUAAGGCCUUUCGAUGUGUACUGUAAUUUUACAACUGACAUUUCUCCAUAUAAUUUUCGUAAUAUUAGAAAUCUUAAAUUAAAAAUUCCUAGAACUAAAUUGUAUGAAUUUCCUUUUGUCCAUUCAGUAGUUCAAUUCUUUAUUAAUUCACUAGAAAAUAUAUAAACAUCUGAAUCAUUUCCUGUUUUGAGAAACAUGCUACGGAAUACAUAUCCUUCGAAAAAAAUGUUUUUAUAAUAUAGGAAAUCGUGAGAUUAAUAUGAUACAUACCCGCAUCCGUCUCGGCUUUAGUAGCUUAAGUUUUCAUUUAUUCAACUAUGGUUUAAUAUAUAACCAAUUAUGCAAUCAUUGUGGCUUAGUGGAAGAUCAAAAUCACUUCUUUAUUGAUUUUCAAAAGUAUGCUGCUCAGCGAAAUAUUUGUUUACUCACUGACAUCUGGGACCUUUUACUUUUAUGUUUAGAAACAAUCCUAAUUUCUAUUAUUAGAUUUGUCUUUUUUAACAAUUAAUUUAGUUAGAAGCAGUACAGACUUAAAUGAAAAACAAAACAAAUUUGUUUAUUAUUUGAGAUUGUCGAGAAUAAUACUGUAUAGGAUAAUUUUAAAAAUGAUUUUGUCCAUGCAAUUUUCAAAGUUGUUCCCAAGUGUAAGGCAAAAAGAAAAUUUAAAUGCCCAUGGAUUAAUAAAGAAAUCCUCAAGAUUAUUAGAAAGAAAAAAGGUUAAUACAAAGCUAGCUGUCAAACGUUCUCAAAAUCCCAACAAAUGGCUUAUUUAUAAAAAAAAAAACAUAGGAAGCACCUUAAGUACUUAAUUAAGCGAUCUCACCACAAAUAUAUCUCUGAGCUUUCUGAAAAAUUCUGCGAUCAUGGAAAGCUUUUUGUCAUUUUGUACUCAAAUCCAGGGCCAAACCGGUUGCAAAUGUUUUAAAAUAUAACGGCACCUUAGUUCAAUAAUAAUCAAUAAUUACAAUAAAUUUUUAUUCAAUCAAUUUCCUUUAUUAUAUACUUUUUUUUACAAUUCUCAAUUCAAAGAUUGAUUGAAAAGGCAUCAAUUACAAGCAAGCUUUAAGUUUUGAUGCCCAACAAAGAAAGAACAAUAAUAACUACAAAAUAAAAAGGUAAUAAUAGAAGACGAUUCAUCUAUAAAUCAAGAUUCUUAAAAAAAAGUGUAAUGAUAAUAUGACAAAUACAAUGGAAAAAAAGUAAAAUUUCGACCAAGUACAGUAAAGUUUUAUAUUUGUUAAGUAGUCUGUUAUGUAUUUCUCUUUUAAAUAAACUAAUACUUUGUAGAUUUUUUUAUAUUGUGUUCUAAGCCAUUCCAUAUUUUGGCGCCUCUAUUGCUCAUACUGUUUUGUCCAAUUUUUGUUUUCAUUAAUACAGUGGUAAAGUUUUUUUUUUAUUUCUGGUUCCAUAGUUAUGUGUAUCUUCAAUUGUGCGAAAAAAUGUAUUGAAGUUAAUAGGACGCUGUUUAUUAUGAAAUUGAAAGAGUAAUAUUGUCAUAUGCUUUUAUAGCGAUCAAAUAUAUUUAAUGUAUUUGUUUGUAGAAAUAGUGGAAAUGAAGGAUGAUGAAAAUGAACUUUGCAUAUAAUUGGAAGUGCUUUCUUUUGGAGAAUGUGAAGCCUGUUUAAUUUUGUUGGAUUGAAGGGGCCCCAUAAGACUAUUGCGUAUAUUAUGGAGAAUUAUGGAUUUAAAUAUUUGUAACAUUAUUGAAUAGGGUAACAAAUAUUUUAAUUUAUUCAAGAUUCAGACUCAGAUUCAGACUCAGAUUCAUUUUAUUUAACCAAAACAACUUAGAAAUAACAAAAAUCACAUUGUAUGUAUUAUUAAUGAUAAGUUAGGAGACUCUCAUUAAGACCAAAAAUAGGCCGCUAUCAUGAGAGCCAUCCCAAAAUACAAUAUUGAUAAAUUUAUUACAGUAUAUGUAUAUGUAUAUUCACACACAUACAUAUAAACAAGCACAAACUUCUACACACAAAUUCACAAAGACUGUACACAUACAUAUACAUAUACAUAUACUGUACUCAAAAAUAUAAACUGAUAAACACCAAGAGAUUUAAACGCAUGUUUAUAUAAUCAAUAAAAAUAAAAAAUAAAAAAUAAAAAAAGAUAAAUAAAGAUAAAUAAAACAAGACCUAUAACAAUCUAUGAACUCAAUCAAUGAAUAAAUUAUUCAACAAUACAGUAUAUUAAUAGGGUUCUUAAUGGGAUAAAGAUAAUGUGUGCAAUAAAAUAUACUUUCUUAGUUUUAUAAAACUUUUCAUAGCAAAAUAAAAGCAAUUCAAAUAAAUAACGAGGCCAGAACCUUUAAAAUGGAAAUAUCUUGAAGCAUUUCAGUUACGAUUACAUAUGUAACAGUUAACAAUAUGGCAGAACUGAUCGUAUUCACCAAUAUUUUUUUUAGCAUAAUUAGCAAAACCAGACAUUAGCUAUGCGUUAAAACCUUAGAAAUAAUAUAAUUUGGUGUUGUAUCAACGAUUCUUGAAAUAUUAUAUCUAAUGCAUUUGGUUGUAAAAUCAUGAUUCACUUUCGGUAUUUGGAAAUUGUUCCUACCACGUGUAUAGUAACUAUGUAUAUCAUUAAAAGAUGUCGGAAUCAUACUUGUGAAAUAUAAAGGAAGCUGAUCAUUUUUAAAUUUAGGAUAGAACUUAAGGGUUUGAAGCUUAUAAAUAUCACUUAUUUUCAGUAAAUUUAGACUUUUAAACGUUCCUAUUACCUUUGAGACUUUAUUUGCGAUGGCAUCAAUAUGGUUAUGAUAUGAUAGAAAUCCAUCAAGAUUUAACUCCUAAAAAUUUUAUAUGAGUUACUCUUUCGAGUACAGAAUUAUUAAUUGAUAAUUGUACAUUAGUAAACUGCAAUGUAGCUUACUAUUGCGGCCUCUAAAUAUGAUAUAUUUUGUUUUUUGGUGUUGACUGUCAGCUUAUUUGCUCUAAACCAUGCUGACAGGCGGUGUAAUUCAUAAUUCAUCAUAUCACAUGCGUAUAUAGGGUCAUUAUGUUUUAGGAACAUAUUGGUAUCAUCCGCAAAGAUGAUGAGUUCUAUAUCUUUGCACACCGAAAAAAAUGUCAUUAAUAAUAAUAGGAACAAAAGAGGACCAAGGAAUACCAAGAGUCAGUUCUCUUUUUACGGAUUCCCCAGGUUCUGAUAGCAACAUAUUGUGUUCUGUGGGCUAAGUAACUUUUGUACCAAUCUAAUACAACACCCCGUAUGCCAUAAUAUCUCAUUUUGUCAAUAAAUGAUUUGUGAUCAAUUGUAUCGAAUGCUUUUGAUAAGUCUAAAAAUACACCUAUAAUAAAUGAUUUGUUUUCAAUAGCUGACGUUAUUUUUUCUAGGGUUUGUAAUAGGGCGUGAAUUGUAGAGUGUUGUUGCCGAAAACCAUAUUGAGAACUGUUUAAUAUGUUAUACUUGUUAAGAAAAGAAAUAGUCUGAUCAUAGACCACUCUUUCGAAUAUUUUUGAAAGACAGGGUAAGAUUGAUAUGGGUCGAUAAUUAUCAAUGUUAUGUUUAUCCCUACUUUUGAAUACGGGUAUAGUUUUCGCAAUUUUUAAUUCAUCAGGGAAACAACCGGUUGUAAGUGAAACGUUUAUCAUGUGUGUAAUAGGCUUAGUAAAGUAAAUAUUAUUAUGUUUAAUGUAAUUAGCGCUUAUGUCAUCGUGACCUUGUGCUUUAUUUGUUCCAAGUUUAUGAAUAUAUAUAAUUAUUUCUUCUUCAGUUGUAGGCCUAAAAAACAUUGAAUUAAGAUAGUUACCCGUCAAAUAUGACGUUGGAUUAGGCCAAUUUGUCUGGAUAUCUUGUUCUAGAUUAUCAGCUAAUUUUUUCCCAACGUUAACAAAAAAAAAGUAUUAAAUGCUUCAGAGUUUGCAUUUGGGUUUGUGUAUGUCUCUGAUUUAUCAGUGACGUCAGUCGGUUAGGUUUUUUGUUUCUUCCAAGAAGUUGAUUAAUUCCAUGUUUCUUUUAGAUUAUUUUUAUUUUUUUCGAAUUUAUUAAUAAAAUAUUCUUUUUUUCUUUUUCUAAUUAUAUUAGUAAGUACGUUUCUAUAUCUGGUGUAUUUAAUUGUAUUUUUAUUCGAUGAUUUUUUUUUAGAUAUUUACUAUAUAACUUAUUUUUAGUCUGGAUUGCCUUGGCAAUCGAUUCGGUCAUCCAAGGAGAUUGUGAUUUAUUGACUCUAAGUUUCACUUUUUUUAGGGGAAGCAUUGAUUAAUCAAUGUUUGUAAUGAUCUAGAGAAGUUUCCAUACGCUUGAUUUGCUUUAUUUGAACUUGAAACAUCUUCCCAUUCUUGCUUUUGUAGUUCAUGUUUAAAAAAAAUCGUUGUUAUAUUUUGUAUUUUCACGUAUAAAUACAUAUUUAUUGUCAUUAUUUUUGUAGUGUUUUCGGAUGUGUCUAUACAAAAUAUGGGGAAAUGAUCAGAGAUGUCUGAGUAAAUGAUUCCAGUAUUAAUAGAAUGUGUUUGAUAGGAGUUUGAAAAUAUAUUAUCUAUUAUGGUAGCAGUA